AUGAUGGACGACGACUCUGAUGAUAACUCUGACGUGGAUGACCGGGCAUACCGGAUUGUGGAAGAAGCAAAAUCUGGCAAAUUAGAUAAACAACGUGAACGAGAUGCCAGAAACCACGGUGGGAAUAAGUCCACUCCAGGAGCUCACAGCAGUUCCUCGAGUCAUGGUGGGCACGCUGGAGAUGCCAAACAAAGAAAUGGUGCGAAGCAGACGGGAAGCUCUAGUAUACCUGGCGCUCAAGUAGGGUUGCCGUCUGCGGACAAGAGACAAGAAAGCAAAGAGCUGAGAAACAGCCGAAAGACUAAGCAACAUCGGAAUCAUAAGGACAGUCACUCAUCACAAGAUCGAUCCAAUAGUGAUGACCAUCACCAUCAAUCUCCAAACAGGGGUCAAACUACUACAAAUGCAUUAUCAUCUGCCUCUGGAACGGUCGAGAUUCAGGCCAAGGUCGUCCGCGAAUCUUCCGAAAAGAAUUUGAAUAUUGCCUUGCAACAAGAAAAUGAACGCCUGCGACAGCAGCUUGAAACACAGGCAGCUCACGCUGAGUCUAGUAUGCACUCGGGUUCCAACGACAGUAAUGGAGGAAUUUGUUCCAAGAAAACGGCCAUCAUUGCUGUCUUUGUCCUGUUUCUGAUUGGAGCUGGAGUUGGUGCCUUUUUUGCCACUAAGGGCUCUUCUUCUUCGUCUGUUUCUUCUGAAGAAGGUGUACCAAUGACAACCUCUUCCCCUACUGGUCCGACUGCAUCCAAUACGGCAGAACCAGUGACUUUGCCAACGCUCUCGCCCACUGUAGAGCUUAAUUUUGAUCCACCUGCCGAUGCCGACUGCCAGGCAGUCAUAUCAGAGAAUGAUGUCAUUGGAGAGGAAACCAUGGAUAGCAGAGCCUUUGAUGUGGAAUUGGAGGUAUCACUGACAGUGGAUAAUUCUUUGGAUAUUAUUUCCACCGCCUUCGUGGAAUCGACCAAGGGGAUUCUGAUUCCAGAACUAGUGGGAUGUUUGGCGGAUGAAGGGAGGCGACUACGGAGAAGAAAAUUAAGCGAAAAUCGAUAUGCGAUUGGUAAUGCAAAAGUGACGGCCCGUACUGUAGGCUCGGAAGGCUGUGAAGAUAAUCCUGGUUUUUGUUAUGCUGUUGUUUUGGAAAUGGCUCUCUCCAUCAAGUCAAGCGAAAUCCCAGACUUUGGUAUUAUUUCGCUUUUGUCGGAAGUGUUCAAUGAUGAUGAUUUGAAUUUGGUUGACUGGAUUGGUUUGGGUGGUUCUUUCCGCUCAAUUAAAGUGACCAGGAUUGCUCCAACCCGGCCAGCUUCGAAACCGAGUAGGAGACCCAUCCCGCCACCGGUCGAUUCGCCGACAUUUGUACCAGUGAGCAGUGCCCCAAUGAUAACCCAGACCAUACCUCCCACCACGAAUCCUACAAAUCCUUCAAGGAAACCAACUCUACAGCCAACCUCUCUAGGGGAUAUUGUUGAUGAAGACUGCGCUGGCCCAAACUGUACCGGUUUUCAGAGCUGCGACGGUUUCAGAAAUAUUGUUGAGAUUGCAUGCGAUGCGUGCAAGGGGGAAUAUUCAUGUACAGAUAUGAAUGAAGGCCUGGUCGGUGAUGGUUCUUGCCUCGGCGACUACUCUUGUCCAUAUCUGAUCGAAGUCAAUAUCAAUGACAACAGCUGCAUCGAUCCGUAUAGCUGUGCAUGUCUAGAAGUUGGAGAAGGAGUACCUAUGAACGGCUGUCAAAACGCUGGCGAUUGCUGCACCGCGACUGGUGAACCUCUUGAUGUACCAACUUCUUCUUGUUCGGGGGCUGACGAGACUUGUCAGUUUGCAUCUGGACCUAUUGGAACGGAAUCGUGUACUGGAGGACACCGAACUUGUUGGAAAGCAAAGGCGAAGAUUGGGGAUGGCUCUUGUAAUCAAGGUGGGUGCACGCGCCUCUUGGGAGAAGUGCGAAACGGUUCUUGCAAUGGCAAAAAAGCUUGUCCAGCACGCCUUUCAACUUUGAUCUCACAAAAAUCCUGCAAUUGUGAUGGUUGUUGUGCGUGUCUCACUGAACCAUCACCCCAGCACGCUGGUGCUGUUUUUGUUCCGCCUCGAAGCUGCAACAGUCUUGCUCCAAGUGAUCAAGAGAUCGACUACGAUCCUAACAGGCUUAGCGAAGGUCCAUUUACCCACUGUUGUAGCGAAUAG